GAUUAUAAAGAACCUGCCAGACACUGUCGGGUUCUACUCAGUCCCUGAAAGGUCUACCAUGCUGUUGUUGGUCGUAGCUCUCAUCGUCCCUGCCCUCGGGGCUCGCCCAGGAUUCACUUCUACCGGAAAUCUGGAGUGGAGGGACUGCGGUAUCGGUGACUCCUGGAUGUCGGUGAAGAAGUUUGAUAUCAGCCCCAACCCCGUGGUGCUGCCGGGAGACAUCACUGUAACCCUGGAAGGAGAAAUCACACACGAUCUCGCUAACCAGGUCACUAUGGACGUUCUCAUGGAGAAGAAACUGCUCGGGACGUUCAUCAAGGUGCCCUGUACCACUACUGGUGGUUCAGUUGGCACAUGCCACUACACGGACCCAUGUCACUGCCUGAACUUCUUCAAGCACAGCGGAACGUGCCCUCCCUUUCUGACGGCUAAUGGCCUCCCAUGCACCUGUCCCUUCAACCCCGACAAGCUUAGUCUACCGGCCUCCAAGUUCACCGUCACUGGCAUCAAUCGUGCCUGGAAAUUGGUGUUAGAGGAUAGCGAAUACCACGUGAAGAUCACCGUGAACGAAAAGCCCAGUGGUCAACUUCGUGGUUGCUUAGAGGUGUACCUAAAUAUCAAUGUCAAGCAAUGAGUCCAGUCGGAUACAUGUGUUUAGAUUUGUUUGAGUGGCAUUUUAGAAGUUGAGACGUACAAUAUAUAAC